UCUUUAGGUAGACUGAAUGAACGUCUGUGUGUUGUUCCCUUGUGAUCCUGUUACUCAUUACAGCGCCCAUCAAGGAUGCUGUCACCUCAUGUUAACUAGUUGCUUCCCAAAACAUGAAACAUAUUCACGAGGUAAAUUCCACACACGCUCAUUCCAUUAAGUGUGACCGUUUAUGGAGUUCAUUGGCUGAACCAGCUGCGAGGACCCUCCUCCCGUCCAGCUGCGCCACCGGAUUGGGUGGCGAGGUCGCCUGUCACCGAGACAUCAGUUGAGACACGAGUUCGCGCUGCUCCCCCUCAAGUGCGAUCAGUUUCAGCCGCGGAGUUCAGACCUGAUGCACGAGUCAGGGCAACGCGCAGCAAAGAUGAAGCCGGACUCCGAUUGGCUCUGAUUUUAAAAGCCCUUUUCAUUCAUGAGGCUGUCCAUUAUCACGAUGGCAGAACCGUCGGUUCCACGACCCCCUAAAAAAAUGGCGUCACUUAGCCGGGUCCGAGCUUUUACUUUGAUUUUUCUAACUGCAAGCUGUUAUUUAAUUACUCCGACAAGUGGCAAAGAAGCAGGAGAAGAAGAGACGGUGAUCAUCGGACUGAGACUGGAGGAUACGGAUGACAUUUCUUUUAUGGAUAAGGGCUAUUUGCGGGUCAGCGAGAGGUCUCGAGUGAGACUGAGAGUGUAUGGGCAAAACAUCAACAACGAGACUUGGUCCAAAAUUGCCUUUACGGAACACGAGAGAAGUCGAGUUAUUGGAAACAUUGUUAGCUCUUCGGGGGACAACAAGAGCCAGGAGCAUCCGUGUGGCAUUAGAACUUCAGAUAUUUUGAUCUUACCCAACAUAAUUUUAAAUCGCAAGACGUCUGGUGUCGUGGAAAUCCAGGUCAAACCUCUGCGGAAGACCGAGAGAAGCAAAGCGUACUACCUGUGCUUUGCCACUUCCACACCUGCCGUGGCUGGCAUGCACGACCCUUGGACAGAAAACACGUGGAUCUAUCAUGACGGAGAGGACACCAAAGUGAUCGUGGUCGAAGAGAAAAAGUUCCUGCUCCCUUUCUGGCUUCAGGUGAUCUUUAUUUCAAUGUUGCUGUGCCUCUCGGGUAUGUUCAGCGGGUUGAACUUGGGUCUGAUGGCUCUCGACCCCAUGGAGUUGCAGAUCGUUCAGAACUGCGGGACGGAAAAGGAGAAGAAUUACGCGAGGAAGAUUGAACCCGUCAGGAGCCAAGGAAACUAUUUGCUUUGCUCGCUUCUUUUGGGGAACGUUUUGGUGAACACCACCUUGACCAUUUUGUUGGAUGAUAUUGCCGGUUCGGGGUUGAUAGCUGUAGUGAUGUCCACCACCGGCAUUGUCAUAUUCGGGGAGAUUGUGCCUCAAGCUAUAUGUUCACGGCACGGUCUUGCUGUAGGUGCGAAUACAAUCUUCUUGACCAAAUUCUUCAUGCUGCUCACGUUUCCUGCGUCCUAUCCUGUAAGUAAACUAUUCGAUUAUCUACUCGGACAAGAGAUCGGCACCGUGUACAAUCGGGAGAAACUUUUGGAAAUGCUGAAGGUCACGGAUCCGUACAACGAUCUGGUGAAGGAGGAGUUGAACAUCAUUCAGGGUGCAUUGGAGCUGAGGAUUAAGACCGUGGAAGAUGUGAUGACUCCGUUGCGCGACUGCUUCAUGAUCACCAGCGAUGCUACGCUGGAUUUCAACACAAUGAGUGAGAUCAUGGAGAGCGGCUACACGCGCAUUCCGGUGUUCGAGCGGGACAGAUCCAACAUCGUGGACCUGCUAUUCGUGAAGGACCUGGCAUUUGUGGAUCCCGACGACUCCACCCCGCUGAAGACGAUCACUAAGUUCUACAGCCAUCCUUUACAUUUCGUUUUCAACGAAACAAAACUUGAUGCGAUGCUGGAGGAGUUUAAGAAAGGUAAAUCUCACCUGGCAAUAGUCCAGAGGGUCAACAACGAAGGAGAAGGUGACCCAUUCUAUGAAGUGCUUGGAAUUAUCACCCUGGAGGAUGUUAUUGAAGAAAUCAUAAAGUCUGAAAUCCUGGACGAGACAGACUUGUUUACUGACAACAAAACAAAAAAGAAAAUCACCCACCGAGAGAAGAAACAGGACUUCUCGGCUUUCAAGCACAUGGACAAUGAAAUGAAGGUUAAAAUAUCACCUCAGCUUUUACUGGCUACUUUGCGUUUCCUAGCAACAGAAGUUGAGUCUUUCAGUCCAUGCCAAAUGUCUGAGAAGAUUCUUUUGCGUCUCAUCAAGCACCCCAACGUCAUCCAGGAGAUCAAAUAUAAUGAGAAAAAUAAGAAAGCAGCUGAUCAUUACCUCUUCCACCGCAACAAGCCCGUGGACUAUUUCAUCCUCAUUUUGCAGGGGAAGGUAGAGGUGGAGGCCGGGAAAGAGGGGAUGAAGUUUGAAGCUGGAGCUUUCUCCUUAUAUGGGAUGAUGGCUCUCACUGCUUCUCCAGUUCCUCUCUCCCUGUCUCGUGCAUUUGUGGUCAGCAGGGCUGACUCUGUUGCUGGAUCUCCAGAAAACAAAUCCCCCCCUUGGUCAUUUGGACUGAACCAUUCGGACUCAUUACACCAUAGAGAGAGGAUUGAAGCCAUCACACCGUCAUUGGGCAGCAGUAAUAACCAGCUCAACGCCUUCCUGCAGAUCUAUGUGCCAGACUAUUCUGUCAGAGCAUUGUCAGACCUACAGUAUAUUAAGGUAACAUGUCAGCAAUAUCAAAACGCCCUCAUGGCAUCACGCAUGGACAAAACACCACAGUCAGAGAGCGAGUACACCAAAAUCGAAAUGACUCUGACAGACCUCCAUGAAGGAGUGACUGAUGAAACCACUGCUCUGUUCAGCCAGACGCAGAACUGUGUUGCUCACAACAAACGGAACCACACAGGACACAGCGAGGGAGCUGUCUAGCUCUCACUGGGGUGGUGGAGCAAAGUGGAGAGAGGAAAGCGACGCGCUCCUCUGGGCUUCACCUGCUUCACCACCUCACACUGUAUGGUAGUGCAGGACUACUGUGGCCUGGGCUUGGGUUUACCCUGGGCAUUGACCCGGUUCAGUCUCAUUCAUUCAGAAGAACCCUUGUUUAUAUCCCCCAGACCAAAGAGUUUGGAGGAUGGACAUUCUCUGACAAGCCCCUCCAGCACACUCACACUGCCCCUGUGAUGUUCAGAAAAAAAGAAAGACUUAAGUCAGAUGCUGUAAUACGUUAAAUCAAAUACUGCUUUGAAGGAAACAGUAAACCAAGAGCCUUAUUACCAACUCACAUAUUUAUUUAUUUUAUGUGUUUGUACUGUAUGUACCUGCAUGUUUGAGGAUAUAGUUGUCGGCACAUGCAAACAAUUCUGUGUAAAGUUAUGCCUCUAUGUGUGUGCAUCUAUGAGUGUCACUGAU